AUGAACCGCGCCUUUAGCAGGAAGAAAGACAAAACAUGGAUGCACACGCCAGAAGCUCUAUCCAAACACUACAUCCCCUACAACGCCAAGUUUCUCGGCAGCACCGAGGUGGAGCAGCCCAAGGGCACCGAGGUCGUCCGGGACGCCGUGCGGAAGCUGAAGUUUGCAAGACAUAUCAAGAAAUCCGAAGGCCAGAAAAUUCCAAAAGUUGAGUUGCAAAUAUCGAUUUAUGGAGUGAAAAUUCUAGAACCCAAAACCAAGGAGGUCCAGCACAACUGCCAGCUGCACCGGAUAUCGUUCUGUGCUGACGACAAGACGGACAAGCGGAUCUUCACCUUCAUCUGCAAGGACGCCGAGUCCCACAAGCACCUGUGCUACGUGUUCGACAGCGAGAAGUGUGCAGAGGAGAUCACGCUAACCAUCGGCCAAGCGUUUAACCUGGCAUACAGGAAGUUUCUAGAAUCUGGAGGCAAGGACGUGGAAACGAGGAAGCAGAUCGCAGGGCUCCAGAAAAGAAUUCAAGACUUGGAAACGGAAAACGUGGAGCUUAAGAACAAAGUCCAGGACCUGGAGAACCAGCUGCGAAUAACCCGGGUGUGCACCUCUCCGGCCGGCAGUGUGUCGCCGCAGUCACCCUCCACAGACAUCUUCGACAUGGUGCCCUUCUCGCCCACCUCCCCGCCGCCCCCGGUGCCCACGCCCAAUGGCACGCAGCCGCCCCCGGUGCCUGGCAGAGCCGCCGAGACCAAACGAGACCUGUUUGGAGCGGAGCCCUUCGACCCGUUCAGCUGUGCGUCGGGAGACUUCCCUCCAGACAUUCAGUCCAAGUUGGAUGAAAUGCAGGAGGGGUUCAAAAUGGGACUGACGCUGGAAGGCACAGUAUUCUGCACGGACCCCGUAGACAGCAAGUGCUGA